AUGGCAGCUUCUUUAUCACGGGCAUUGCCAAAACCAAAAUAUACAGGUGAAGAAGAGGAUAUUCCACAACAUGCGCAACAGAGAGGCCCUCGAAUCCUAGGCGCAGGCGCUUUGGAUGAUACCCAAAUUGUGUUAAAGGUUGGUCUUUCAGAUCUUAAACAAUUAGAGGUUUCUUCUAACAAUACAUCACGUUCACAGAAGACCGGACCUCCACCAUAUGGUAAUCGAACAGGAUGGCGGCCACGAGGACAAGAAGACUUUGGCGAUGGAGGUGCUUUCCCAGAAAUUCCAGUUGCACAGUAUCCUUUAGAUAUGGGACGCAAAUCUACUUCAUCGAAUAAUGCGCUGGCUCUUCAAGUCGAUGGCGAGGGGAAAGUCAAGUACGAUGCCAUAGCACGGCAAGGCCAUAAUGAUAAACGAAUAGUACACGCCUCUUUCAAGGACCUUAUACCUCUUCGACAACGAGCUGAUGCCGGCGAUAUUAAUUUAGAUAGACCAAGUGAAGAAGAGGUUGCCGCUUCUACCGAGCGAACGAAGAAUGCCUUGGCAACUCUGGUCAGCGGUGCGGUAGCUGCACAAAAACCUAAGAACGUAAAUGUCGGAGCAAGAAAGGACCCUACUUAUGUCAGAUAUACCCCAGCGAAUCAGAUGGGGGAUAACUCUAGGAAAAAUGAUCGAAUCAUGAAGAUUGUGGAAAGGCAGCAGGAUCCUAUGGAGCCUCCCAAAUUCAAGCAUAAGAAGAUUCCCCGGGGUCCUCCAAGCCCUCCGGCUCCGGUCAUGCAUUCGCCUCCACGAAAAUUGACUGCAGAGGAUCAAGAAGCUUGGAAAAUUCCACCUCCUGUGUCGAACUGGAAAAAUCCUAAGGGUUAUACGGUUCCACUUGACAAAAGAUUGGCUGCAGAUGGACGAGGAUUACAGGACGUCACUAUUAAUGAUAAAUUCGCACAGUUUGCAGAAGCUCUCUUCACGGCAGAUAGGCACGCACGAGAAGAAGUCAAGCAGAGAGCAUUAAUGCAACAAAGGCUAGCAGAGAAAGAGAAGGCACAAAAAGAAGAUCAUCUUCGCAUGUUAGCACAGAAGGCACGAGAAGAGAGGGCUGGAGCCGGCGCUGGCUCCCGAAGGCGAGACUCGAGAUCGUCAAGAUCUCGUUCUGGAAGCUAUAGUGAAUCCGAGUCUGAUCGAUCCAACAGCGACGAUGAAGAAUUCAGAGAGCGAGAAAAAAUGCGCCAAGAGAAACGAAGAGAUGAAGAACGAAAAUUACGACAGUCGCGCAUGGGCACGGAGAGGAGGAUUCAAAUGAUGGCGCGAGAGCAGAAUCGAGAUAUCUCAGAAAAGGUCGCUUUAGGCUUAGCAAAACCUACACAAUCAACCGAAACUAUGUUUGAUUCUAGAUUAUUCAAUCGGACAAGUGGGUUUGAUAGUGGAUUCAACGAGGAUCAAGCCUAUGAUAAACCUCUUUUUGCGGCUCAAGAUGCUAUUAGUAGCAUUUAUCGACCACGGCAAAAUAUGGAUGACGAUGAUGAUGAAGCAGCAGCUGAAGGUGAGAUGGCGAAGAUUCAGAAAAGUAAUAGGUUCGCGGAUGCCCUUGGAAAGGGAACCUUUCAAGGUGCAGCAGAUGUUGAGGUAAGAAAUUUCCCCUUGGUCACGAGUGGGGAUGAAGCUAAUUUGAGGGGUGAACAGGCGAGGGAGGGACCGGUGCAGUUUGAAAAGGAUGCUGGCGAUGUUUUCAAUGUCGAUGAUUUCCUGAGCAAGGUCGGUGAAAGUUCUAAUAAAAGAGAGUAUGGGUUACAGGAAGGCGAGGGAAGGUCCAACAAGCGGGCGAGAGUGGAUGAGGACGAUGAUUAA